UACUACCUUUGGAGAGAAAAAAAGUAACGUCCGGGCGCUCCCGGAAAUGGGAGGAGUCAAGUUGGGGCAGACGUGGCGGUGGCAACACAUGACGCCAUCAAAGAAGGUCGGUGGUGUAUUCAUGGUGUGCUGAGCUAGUAAGACUAGCAGCUACAUUCUGGCUGAAGUGUCAGUAUAAAGCCAAGAAGAUGAUGGAAGAGAGCGGGAUUGAGACUACACCUCCUGCCAGCCCUAUACCUCCUCUGACUGUGGCUGCAACAGUCAGUGGGCCUCCACUGACCCCAGGUGUGUCCAGCUCUCUGUCCCUCUCUGGCUCCAUGGAGUCCCUCUCAGUCUCCACCACUGUCCCCCUUAUUCCCUCCCUCCCUGCUUUCAGCAGCCCUCUGGUGGCUCACCCCUGUCUGUCCUCCCAGAUCCCCCCUCCCUCCACCUUCACCAGCAGCUCUCCAUUUCCUCACGUCACCUCCCCCUCUUUGCCUCCUCUGGCCUCCUCCAUUGGACCGCCUCCCCUUUCGGCUCCCAGCAUGUCUGCCCCCCCUGUUGGCCUGCCCAUGACCAACUUCUCCAUGAGCGCAGGAUAUGACAUCACACGGGGGCACGCAGGUCGAACACCACAGACACCAUUGAUGCCAACGUUUUCUAGCCCUGCAGCCAUGCCAGGUGUAGGGCCAAACCCCAUGGUUCAGCAGCCAGCCAUGACAGGAGGGUUAGAUGCUGGAUCUCCCAUCACUUUUCCAGAGGAGCAGGAAGAUCCCAGAGGGCUUGGACAGAACAACACAGCUGGAGGAAUCUGGGGAUUUUUCAAGGGAGUGGCAGGUAACCAUGUAGUGAAGACGGUUCUGGACAAAACCAAGCACUCUGUGGAGUCAAUGAUCACCACUCUGGAUCCUGGCAUGGCUCCAUACAUCAAGUCUGGUGGGGACAUUGACGUCGUGGUGACUUCAGAUAAAGAGAUAAAUGUGGAGGCAGUCAGAGACGCCUUCCAGGAGGUUUUUGGGAUGGCCAUGGUCACUGGAGAGCCUGGGCAGUCCAACAUCGCCCCGCAGCCUGUGGGCUAUGCAGCCGGUGUCAAGGGGGCUCAAGAGCGCAUUGACAGCUUGCGUCGAGCUGGUGUGAUCCACGAGAAGCAGCCAGUGGUCUCUCUGGAAAACUUCAUCGCUGAGCUCUUUCCCGACAAGUGGUUUGACAUUGGCUGUUUGAUUCUUGAGGACCCUGGUCACAGUAUCCGCCUUGAGGUCUUCACUCAGGCAACUCCUCUGGCUCUAGAUCACGUCCAACAGGCUCAGUCCCUGACCCCUGCUGACUACAGCCUGCGCUGGUCAGGUCUGAUUGUUACAGUGGGUGAAGUCCUGGAGCGCAGCCUGCCCAACAUCAUCAGAACAGACUGGCACCAGGCCAUGACGGGCAUGACCCAACGCCAAAUGAUCCAGAGUGCUGCCAAAGCUCUGGCUGGAAUCUACAAACAGCAGCUUCCACCCAGGACAGUGUGAGGCUGAAUGGAUCCAGUUUGUGUCAAAAACUGGGAGGAGAUGGACACAUGUUGGGUGACAAACUCACUAAAGGAACAGCGAUGUUCGCUCGCAUCUCUCCAUCCCUCCUCCGUCUGUCCUUGUGUGGCAGAGCCAAAUGAACAUUUCCUUCAAAGAUGUUGAUGUUUACUGACAUCCAGAGUUUUACUGAAACGGUGUCAGACAUCAAAUCAAUACUAGCCUACUCUUCAACUAAUCAUCUCGUUGUCCUGCUUGAAAGAUUAUUACACAUCAUGUCUAUGAAUUUUAAUGACCCUGACACAUUUGUGGCAAUAUUCACUUUUCCUGUUUUGUUAACUAAUGCUUCUGGUUGUUGUAAAGACCUAUUACAUGUGUUAAAUACUAGAUCAUCACUGAUCCAGAAUUGUGGAAAAUCCAGUUGAGCCUUACUCAAGAAGAGACUCCAAAAUGCAAGGAGCCAGACAGACCUAAGAACACCACUGGAUGAGACAUGUACUAUACAGUUUGGUCGAUUUGCAGUAUUGCUAUUCCUGUCCUGUGUACGAGCUUAAACCAGUUCGAUUUUAAAUAAAAAAGUAACCGAUGUCAGCACACAGCACUUAAUCCAGUUAGUAAUAAACAAUAUCAUAAUAUGAUUAACAUACUGUAUUUCCACAAUUUAAAGCCGGGCCUCUAUUAAUGACCGGCCUCAUUUAGUAACCGGGUGUAAAAACAAUUUUUAGUAAAUAAAAGCCGGCCUCUUUUAUAAGCCGGGUGUCUUAGCGGUGUUAUGUCAAAGUCUGUUCCCCCGUCGAUAUGUAUACCCCUUACCUUAACCUGCACUAACCUGACCCCUGACCCCAACCAGUCCUCCUUAAAGUUGUUAACAUGAGCCCAAGUUUACCUUAACCCCAAACAGUUAUCUCUACAAGGCCUAACCUUAAACUUAAAUCGUAACUCCAACCGUGGAGGUGAUGCUAUGGAGAACACCAUUCAGGAAACAUAAUUUGAGGGGUAACAGAUUUCCACACAACACCUGUAUUUUGAAGUUUGGCCACACGAGUUAGUACUGUAGGUAAAUAUCGUUUCUCCCGCUGUCCUAGUAAUUCUCUGUAAAGUCCAACCUUUUAUGCACGUUCUUCUGGGCUUUUAGUAGUUUAGACAUUUUAAAUCCUGCUUAAAAUGAACAUUCAGUGUGCUGUUCAUUGUUUGUUUACAUCCAAGUACUUCCAAUAUGGCCGACAUCCGGGUAACUGGCUACAAUGCGCUGUGUAAAACACUCUGUGUAAAACAACAAAACAAAAAAGUGCCGGUCAGAGCUGCACUGAUUUUCUGUUUUUAAUAAGAGCCUCCUUCAAAUAAUAGCCUGCCCCUAUUAUUAGCCGGGUCCCAAACUGAUUUUUUAUUAAUAGAAGCCCCGGCUACUAUUUGAGGAAAUACGGUAAUGCAACAUUUGUUUGAAAAAUGAUAGAACAACUAGUUACUGACAUGCUGUGCAAAAUUUAAAAAUGACUGCCACCAAGUGGACUGGACGCUAUCAUUCAUCGACACAAGUCUCAUUAUGUUCAACUCGGGAGCAGCUGCUCAAUCAAGUGUAAAAUACAGUGCUUAACAAAUUUAUUAGACCUUAGAUUAGUUUGUGCGACAGUUGUCCUCAAUUAAUAGCAUUAGUAAUUACCAUAAUCAUUUUUUAUGUUUCUGUAAUGGUUAAUUCACCAGCCUGUAGAAGCUGUUUAACUGAAAUAAUAUUUUCAAUGCUAAAAUAAAUUAUUAUUGUUAUCCAUGCAUUUUCAAAUUUACUAUUUUACAAUUAAAAAAGCCUGUAAAAAUGGUAAAGCCCAUUUUUAUUUCUUGAUUAAGAUAUCAAAUUAUAGUUAUUUACCUGCAUUCCUGAACAGAAAAUAGUAUUAGUGGUUGAAUGUUUGAUUCAUUUCUGACUUCUCAGAGAAGCCCAGUGAGACGGUCAAAUUUUAGGUAUAAAAGUGAAUUCAGUUUAUUUUCCAAAUAAAUAAUAAAAUUUUUAGUUUUAAACAAGCUUUUGAAAUAUUUGUAAGAUAUUUAUUUUUUUCUCUUUUUUUAUGAUAGGUGGUCUAAUAAAUUUGUGAAGCACAGUAAAUGUGGAAAUGACUGGCCUGGUCUGUGCUUGGCUAGACAUCAAACCAGUUUAAAAAAUGUUUACUCACGCUCUCAUUCACACCUACGGACAAUAUAGAGUCACCAAUUAAACCUAAGUGCGUGUUUUUGAACUGUGGGAGGAUGCCGGAGUACCCGGUGAGAACCCAUUAAAUUAACCUGAUCGUCGGCGAUGAUUCCAUAUUAAAAUGCGGCUCUCCUGCAUAUCUAAUCAAGCACUUUCUACACCAGUAGUCCACCAACCACCAGGGGGCGGACAAAUAGUUAAGGUUUCAUGUAGCUGCCUAAAUAAAUAACGAGCGAGCGCUAAGCAGGAUGUGACGUAGUACUCGACGCCACAACAACAUGCGCCAUUUGAAAAAGCCGGCAAAGCAGUGUUGCCAAUUUACCAACUUUGUUGCUAUAUUUAGCAACUUUUCAGACGAUUUAUCAAAAAAAAACGACUGGCAACAAAUCCAGCGACAUUUUCUGCUGUUAUUGGAGACUUUUGGAGACUCGUUCUUACUCUUCUUAAGGAGCCUCCGGGCCGGAGGAAGAGUAAGAACGAGUCGAAGUGGAACAGUCCUCCUGCAGCAGUCGCUCACAGCUGCAGAGCCAGAGGGGGAUGAAUAAUCGUGAUUAAUAAUUGUGAUUACAAAAUUGAUCAAAAUAAUUGUGCAGCCCUAGUAAAUAGUCCCAUAACU